AUGGAUGCGAAUGGUAAAGCUUCAAAAAGUGGCGAAAUAAGCUUGACAGAGAACACGAGAACAAGUGCAGUGGUUCUAAACGUUUCUGGCGAAGAAAAAGAUGCAAAGAAUUCAUACCCAGAUGCUUCAAAAGAUCAAAGGUCUAAAGGAAGUGCCGAUUCACCUCAAAGGGUAUCGACCGAUUUGCAUUCGGGUGUUCCAAUUCCAAAGUCUGUGCCAAUGAGAUGUCCUUCACCUGAGAUUUCACGGUUCUGUCCCAGCCCCAAUAAACCUCCAAAAAUCCCCACCAUUGAAACCCUGACUCGGAGAAAAUCGCUGGCAAGAUCUAUAUAUUCCAAACCCAAGUCAAGAUUUGGGGAACAGUCUGUGCAUAUUGAUUCUAAUAUGUUUGAAGAACAAGUAGAGCAAAUUGUAAUGUCUAAUCAAGCUUCGCCCGAUAGUAAACUGGUUUCUAAUACCAAUACUACACUAAAGGAGACUAUUAGAAUGGUGUCAAUUACUCCCAAGACACCAUUAAUGGCGUCUCCCGAUGGUCUGGGAGGAGAGGAUGAGGAUGAGGCGAUAUAUAAGAAAGUGAGCAUAAGGAAUAAAUUGAAGUAUAAGAGAGUUAAAAUUAAGGUUUUGAUUGAAUGGGUUGUGUUUCUUUGCAUUUUGGGGUGUUUAAUAGCUAGCUUGACUGUUCAUGAGUUGAAAAAAAAGAUGAUCUGGGGUUUGGCUAUUUGGAAAGGCAUUGUGCUUGUAAUGGUAACGUUCAGUGGGAUGUUGGUCACCAAGUGGUUGAUUCGUCUUCUUGUUUUCUUGAUUGAGCUAAACUUUUUGUUUAGAAAGAAGGUGCUCUAUUUUGUUCAUGGAUUGAAGAAGAGUGUUCAGGUCUGUAUUUGGUUGAUUGUGGUUCUUGUGACUUGGGUUUUAUUGUUUCAAGAAGGAGUUAAGCGGUCACAUACUGCUACUCGAAUUCUGGAUUACAUUACUUGGACUAUCGUAACUUUCCUCAUUGGUGCAAUCUUGUGGCUUCUAAAGACCUUGCUGCUAAAGAUUUUGGCAUCAUCUUUCCAUGUAAAUACGUUCUUUGAUAGGAUUCAAGAAUCAAUCUUCCAUCAGUAUAUACUACAGACUCUAUCAGGGCCUCCGGUAAUGGAGUCAGCUGCGAUAUUGGGCAGAACAAACAGUGCUAUUAGUCAAUUGAGUUUUAGGAGAAUGAAGAAGGGAAAGGAAAAGAAAGAGAAAGAGGUCAUCGAUGUAAACAAGCUUCAUAAAAUGAAGCAAGAAAAGGUUUCUGCAUGGACCAUGAAGGUGUUAGUUGAUGUGAUAUCUAAUUCAGGGCUUUCUACUAUCUCAAGUACUCUCGAUGAAAGUGAUUAUGAUGGAGGAGGGGAACAGACAGACAAGGAGAUUACCAACGAGGAGGAGGCCAUUGCUGCUGCCUAUCACAUUUUCAGGAAUGUUGCGCAGCCCUUUAGCAAGUACAUUGAUGAGAUGGACUUAAGGAGAUUCAUGAUCAAGGAAGAGGUGGAUCUUGUGUUCCCAAUGAUUGAUGUGGCUGAGACCGGAAGGAUUGACAGGAAAGCUUUAACAGAUUGGGUGGUGAAGGUUUACAAUAGUCGCAAAGCCUUGUCACAUGCUUUAAAUGAUACCAAAACAGCUGUAAAGCAAUUGAACAAGCUUGUCACAGGAAUCCUGAUUGUAAUUAUCAUUAUAGUGUGGCUUCUUUUGAUGGAGAUUGCAACAACCAAAGUACUUGUCUUUCUCUCAUCACAGCUUGUUGUGGCAGCGUUUAUGUUUGGUAAUACUUGCAAGAUUGUAUUUGAAGCUAUCAUAUUUGUAUUUGUGAUGCAUCCAUUUGAUGUUGGUGAUCGUUGUGUUGUCGAUGGUGUUCAGAUGAUAGUUGAAGAGAUGAACAUACUGACAACAGUAUUCUUGCGAUAUGAUAAUGAGAAGAUAUACUAUCCAAAUUCAGUAUUGGCUACGAAGCCCAUCAGCAACUUCUACCGAAGCCCAGAUAUGGGUGAUUCCUUGGAGUUUUCCAUUGACUUCAGGACACCAAUGGAGAAGGUCGGGUCUUUGAAAGAUAAAAUAAAGAAGUAA